AUGAUACAACACGAAAUUCAAGAAAUCUGCCUGAAUCUUCGAAAUCCUUCAACUAAUAUAGUUAUCAUUCCAGAAAAUCAGGUGAAGCCAGAAUGGAGACUGCCAAAACUAAAUCACCGAUUUGUCACAAGAUCAGAACUGGACAAUAUGCCAGAAAAUCAUAUCUGUGAUGUGAUUGGUGUGUUAUCUUUUGUAGGAAGGGUCCAGCGAUCAAAAAAGAAAGAAAACCGUGAAGAUUUUUGGUCUUACCGCUGGAUUCACAUUACUGAUGGGACUUCAGAACAACCAUUCAUAGUGGAACUGUUUUCUACAUCUCAGCCAGAGAUCUUUGAAAAUAUUUAUCCAAUGACACAUUUUGUGUGUACACAGUUGAAAGUUGUCAGAAAUGACACCCAAGUACCUAAACUGCUUUACCUUACCACUACAAAUGAAAGUCGAGUGUUUAUUACUAGAGGCCAAAGAGGCCAGUCUUAUGCCUGUGAUGCCAAGGUUAAAAACUUUAUUCAGUGGAUUAAAACGAAAACUGAUUCUGAGGAAGUGAAUGCAGUUAUUGGUGGAUACUACCCCUAUCCACCAGUUCCAGAGACAUUUUCCAAGUAUAGUCAUCAUGUGAAAGUUGAGUCCCUCUUGACAGCUGUGAGUGAAGUGAGGAAGGUGAUUGAAAACUUGCAGUAUAGAGAACAAAAGCGUAUUGCAGUUCAAGGGAUAAUUACUGUUGUAAAGUAUGCCCGCCAUAACUGUGCAACUGAAAGUGCCUCAGCCUCAGAAACACCUCGGAAUGAUAGCCAACCCUCAACAUCUCAAGCAGCUACAGGAGAAAGUCAUAGUCAGGAAAGAGAUGGUAAACAGCAUCAAGAUGACAGGCCUAUAAAUUCUCAAUGUUUUCAAACUCCGUCUACAAGUUCGAGUCCCAGCAGGAAAAGAAGAAUUCUUCAAGGCACAUGUGCUAAACCAGUUGCUGUGCCUCAGCCAGAAGCUUCUGCACAAACAAAAGGAAAUAAGCCAGGCACGUCAAUCACCCUCCAGCGUCGAGAAGUUACAAGUGUUAGUAUCAUACGAAAGGCCAGAAGAACCUUAACUGACAGGUGGGAAAGUCAACUGUGGAGAGAUAAAAGAUUUGACUUAGUAGACCACCUACAAUACAGCCGUGUUUACGCUGAAAGUAUUCCACGGAAAUUUAAUUUUGAACACCGAAAGUUUCUUACUCAGCAGUAUAAUUCCCAGCCUGCAAAAUACAUACCACCAGAAGGAAAGCCUCCAAAACUUGACGAAUUUAGGAGUGCCCUGAGCCUUGGACAUUUUGAAGUGACCAUUCUAGGUCUGAAUCAUGAAAUAGCAAUUGAUGUUGCAUUCCUACCCAUGUAUUCUCCAGAAGAUGUCCGAACAUCUCAAAUAGACACACUUUUGACCUGCAUGAAUUACAGCUGUGUAUAUCCACGGGAAGUAAAUGUCAAUGAAAAUUUGCCAGGUCCCAAAGCACUGGCAGGUGAUAUUAUAAAAGCAGCAGCUGAACUGGAUAGAGAGCAUAUCAUCGGUAUCUUGGAUAUCUGUAAUUUGGGUGACAACAAAGUGGAAGUCUGUUUGCAGAAAAUUUAUACUCCGAAGAAUAUUUCUUAA